GGACGAAUCAUGAAACCAAAACAAUGAGAGGGAAAUACAAAAAAUAGACUUGGCUAUUCGAGUAAGCGAAACGAAUACGCAAAUGCUUAUAAGUCGCUUAUUGUUAUUAAGUGGUAAUAUAUUAACGAUAUUUUCUUCGGUUAAAUCUUUGCAAAGUUAUUUUUAUAACUUCUCAACAAUGUUUCCAGUUCCAUUAUUAUUGUUACUGUUGUAUUUGGAUUAUUUUGCUCGUAAUCUUUCCUAUUAAGAUUGUCUCGACUCAACCUAUUUGCAGUGCGCUUACGUGUCAGUGUAAUAAUUUUAUUUGUAGGCUUUCCAAAGUUACUUUAAAAACUUCAUCAUUAAAGUUAUAACAUCAGAGUUGCUAUUAGAAAAGUUCGUUCUUUUAAUUAACAAAAAAAAAAUUAAUAUUAACGAGCUAUUUAACAGGCUGUUCAGCAAUUAAAAGAAGAAAUUUAUUAAUAAGACAAUUAUUGCAUAGUUGCAUAUUCGUUUCGCUAGGAGCAGUUGGAGGGGGGUGGAAUGAAAAAUUUGGCGUGUUUUUAUUUUAUUGUUGUAAAAUCCAAAUAUCCGUUGUUGAAAACAAAUCUAUCCGAACUCUUUAGAAAGAAACAAAACCCAAGUUCCCCUUCUAUACGUUCACCUAGUGAUUGUCGAUACGCCCAUUCAUAUUUUCUGACCAUAAAACAACGAAUACUGUGAAAAUAUAGUCUAAAACUUAUAAGAAGCAUUAUCCAGAAAGAUAUUGUAUACAACUGGAAUCAACAUUUCUUUUUGGUUGGCAAUUUGACUUCGUGUUCAGUCUGUCGAAGAUGCUACUACCUGUUUGCUUAAUGUUUGUACUGGUUACGUUUUAAAAUUAAAAGUUUGUGAAAUUGAUAAGUGGUUGCAGUUGAUAAUAAAGCAAUGUUGAGUCAUUCAUGUUUGAAAUUCAAUGCAAAAGCAGUGAUCAAAAAAUCAGCAAAAGAACCAUAUCCAUUCCACUGAGAACUUCAACGGUGAUUAGUGCAAAUGAUAACCUGUAGGAGAAGCAUGCUUUCUUUCAACUUGUGGUGUCAGAAAUCCUGAGUCAAAGGAAUUUUGUUGAGAUGAAGAGAGAAAGCUUUGUUUCCAUUAUACAAUCAUGAUAUUUAAGCAACUGAAUGUAUAUCUUCAGUGCAUUCUAUUCUGUCUACUUUUCAUUGCAACUUGUUAUGUAAACAAGUAUGUUUUAUCUGUCUUAAAAUUUACUCAUCCUACUAUUUUUCAAGGAUGGCAGUGUUUUGUGGGAGUAAUUUUUAUCAAGCUGAACAUGAUGACUGGAAAUAUAAAUUUGCUGUGGGAUGGAAACAAAAAAUUCUUUUUAUAUUGGUUGCCUGAGUUCAUGCUAUUUGUUAUUUCAAUUUAUUCAGGCUCAAAAGCUUUAGCAAAUAUUUCUAUUCCAGCAUACUUAGCAGUCCUCAAUAGCUGUGCUCUGAUUAAUCAUAUAAGUAUAUGCGUUCUUCAUUGGAAUUUCAAGAUAUAUGAGGCCAAAGACUGGAUUUUUCAUUUUGUAAUUGGAGCCGCUGCAGUUGGAGUUGUCUACAGUGAUCCUAUGUAUGAAAUAGAGAGUUAUUUCUGGUUAUAUGUACACAUUAUUUCCUUCAGUGCUAUUGUGGUAUUUAUUGAAUUCAAUAAAGAUAUCAUAGAAGCAAGUAAAAUUGAAUUACUUUACUAUAAUUAUAUAUUCAGUGUAAUUUUCUUCAUUCCGGGCAGUUACCUUUUAGGAGAUAUUUUCGAAGCAGCUAACUUCAAACACUUAUAUUUAUAUAAAUUUUAUAUGGGUUGCCUUGCAAGUGGAAUUUUAGGAACUAUAUUGAAUUUGUUACGAAUAAGUCUUCAGGAGAAUUCUGAAUUUUUGGUUUAUAACAGAUUACUUCCAAUAGCACAUAUUAUGGCAAGUUUUCUAUCACUACUAUUUUUUGAAUUCCAUACGACAGCUGAACAUAACAUUUGGAUUGCCGCAGUUCAAUUAGUAUCUUUACUCGGAAAUUUUACCAAACGGAAAGGAAAUGAAGAGUAGUGUAUUACACUAAAAUGAAU